UGUCCUUGGCAACAACCUUUGACCCAAACAUUCCCAGCAGGUUACUGGAGCUACUCAUCUUUCAGUGUUAUUAUUUGCCCUCAGCUUUUCCUCUUUGUUCUAGCACUCGGUUGUUGUAGCAGCGAUGCCGACGAAUAAAGCCUCCAACCCUAAAAAGGCCAAAGGCGGGAAAGAAAAGAAGGAAGGCAAACGGGACUCGAAAACGGACAAAGAGUCGGACGUGGAGAAGGCCAAGGCCAACGCCGUCCUGUGGGAGCUGAGGUUAAAGGUCACCGAGCAGUCCCUGAGGGACUACACCGAGUCUUGUCAGAAGGUGGCACGCGCAAACGAGCAUCUCACCAAUCAGCUGUACCACGCGGAGAAAGACGCGAUCCAUAUAGCAGGCCACUGGGAGAGACAGCUGGCAGCUAAAGAGGAAAAGAUUUGUGUGCUGGAGAAGGCCUUACAAACUCAGCAGGCACUUGCCCGAGAAGAGAAGGACAAAUUGGUCAGUGAGCUUAACAUGAUCCAGGAAGAAAUGAGGAAGAUGAAAGACAUAGAAGUCCAAAGGGAGCAGGAUAUCGUUCACAUGAAACAAAGCAGCGAUGAUGCUUACAAGAAGCUAAUGCAACACCUAAGAGAGAAGGAGGAUCAGUUCUUAAAAGAAAUGGAACGCUUGGAGAAAGAAACAAAGGCACGUAGUCAAACAAUGGCCAAGAUGGCGGAGGACCACCGUGAAGCCAUUGUGCGAUUGAAAGAUGCUUUGCACUCUGUGAUCAAGGAGCGCGAUUGCCUCAUUGACAAGCUGAAAUAUCACAUAAAGGAGGCAGAGGAUCUGCAGAAGUUAGCAAAGUUACUGACUGAGGAAAACACCUCACUGGCAUUGGACAAGAGCAUGCUGGAGUUGACGGUAAAGGACAACGCAGCACAGAUGGGGACUCAAAAACAGAAGCUAACUGAACUGAGGGCCGAGGUGGCUUCCCUGGAGGAGGCCCUACAGCUCAAAGCCGUGGAGAUUGAGCAGCAGGAGAAGAAGGAGAAGGCGAACCUGGUCACCAUCCAGGCCAGCCAGGUGGAGCUGGACAAGCUGCAGAAAGUGCUCGCGAUGCGAGAAAAGGAAAUGAAGCAUGUGAAGCAACUGGCGAGCACCAUUGUAGCAAAGCGCCAAGAGCUGGAGGAGUUCUUCCAUGAAGCACUGGGUCAUGUGAGGAAGGAGAUCAAGGACAGCAGGCUCCAAUACAGACAGGAGGCACUGCAGAGUUAUCGUAGGAGGUUUAGAGAAGCCACAGCAGGAAAGAUAAAGUUCCCACCCAUCCGCACCUUCCAUAAAACUGCCCACAGUACCAACUCUGUCUAUUCAGACAUGGAGGCGGCUGCGACAUGGACGGAUCAACCGGGGAGCGAAGUUGAAAUCUCUGAUCUCACUUGGGAGCAAAAGGAACAAGUGCUCCGGCUUCUCUUUGCUAAAAUGAAUGGAUGCAGAGAAAGCCAAGUCAGCCGACAGGUGGCUCUGCCGGCCUCCACUGAGAAGAGGAGCUUCACGGAGAGCGAUGUAGCCGGAAUUAGAGAGGAGCUGUCCCCGGCGACCAUGAGCACCCCGGCGCCAUCAGAGUCCACGCUGCCAGCCGCCCAGCCAGAUACACACAUCACGUGACCUCCGAGUGGCCUCUGUG